AGGUGGGCCCCUAAACAAAGAAUAUAUCUAACCGUGUUGAUAGGGGGGCCUUACUACCAUCCAACAAAUCACAUCAUUUGGGUGCUUCCUUUUCCAGAGAUAUAUGUAUUUCACCCUUUUCUGGCUGUCUCUAAAACAGAUGAAAUGAAAUGAAAUGAAGCCACAAAAGAAGAGUUAAGAGAUAAGUACACCUUGGCUUUGCUUUUCUUUCUAGUUAUGAUGUCAGGAAGGAGGAGGAGGAGGAGGGGGGUCUUCUUGCUUGUAAGCCAAAGAUUUCUUCUACUAAUUGUAUUGUGCGUAACAAGUAGGUGCUGCAAAGCCCAGCAAAAGAAUGAUCAGAACUGCACUUCGUCUUGCGGGAAUAUCCAUGACAUACACUACCCUUUCCGGCUGGAAGACGAUCCCCAGCACUGUGGUCUUCCCGACUACCAACUUGCCUGCAACAACAAUCGCACUAUACUAUACCUUAAAACUGAUCCUUAUGCAGGGUACGACUACAAAUUCAACUACUCCUACUACGUGGAGGCAAUCACUUAUGACAACUUCUCGAUUCGACUUGUUGAUCCCGGUCUAGACAAGGAUAAUUGCUCUUCUCUUUCAAUUCAAUCUGUCUCACCAUAUGCUCUAUAUUUCGGAUUCUCCACAAAUCCCGUAAAUAGGAGUGGAUAUGUGGACGCUAGCUUUUGUGAUAAAAGAAACACUACUUCCACCUCCAACACUACUUCACCAUCUCCGUUGCAAAAUCAUAAUUAUGUGGUACGAGAAGACAUGGAUAUCUCGCAAUUGGAGGACUCCUGCAGCAUCGGCAAUAUGGUUAUGACAUCAGCAAAUAUCUUAUGGCCCGCGACGGAAGGCAACAUUUCUUUUUCAGACUUAUAUGACGGGCUUGCAUAUGGGUUUGAGCUUUUAUGGUAUCGCGUCUAUUGUGGACAGUGUGAAGCAAGAGGCGGCUAUUGCCUUCUCGGAUUUGAGGACAAUGUUGUCCAUUGCUCAGGGGGCGGAGCCAGAACCAACACCAGAACUAGAAUCAGAAAUAUAUUGAGAAAUGUAUUAUUAGGUGAGCACAUUUAAUCAGCAAAAUUUUAAUUUUUUUUUCUCAUCAAUAAAAGUAUUGUGGUAAAAAUAUUUCCUUUUUUUUAUUUACAUCCUGUUGCAUGUUUAAAGAUUCAUCAAAUACAAAAAGGUUAAACACCAAUAUACGUAGUCUAUGCAAACAAUACUCAAUAAAAAAAUGCUAAUUAUAAGCUUUUACAAAAAAUGAGACUAAUUACAAUAAACCCUGACAACUGAUAACGUUAUUAAUAAUGUUAUCAAAAAUGUCUUUCUCUAUAUAAGUAAUUAAGUUAAUAGUAAUCAAUUUCAGGCUAAAUUUGCAUAAAUUUUAAGAAAUUAUAGCAAUUUUAAACAAUUACGAAUAAUAUAAGAUUGUAAGAAAUUUGCAUAAUGUAUUUCUGUUUCUCAUAUUAUUUUUCCUUCUCAUUUUUUUUUGCUGGGGACAUGAUAAAAUUAAGUUAUAAGUUUUUAUCGUAAUAAGGUGGUGGAAAGAGAAGUGUUUGGACUGGAUUCUUCAAACGGGCUUUACUGAGCAUUUUUAUUUUUUACUCCUUCUUUCCCUGGUUUUAAUUAUAAGGUUUUCAGCAAGAUGGAAAAACUCAAAAGGAAAAUCAUAGUCAAAAUCAUAAAUAUAUGGUAUUUCUUAAAAGUAAUGGCAGUAAAUUAUAAUGUCAUUUCAGUUUGUGUUAAUGAGAAAUAAAAAAGCUAUAGUGUUACAAAAUUCUGUUGCUAGUAAUAUCAACUAAACAAGAUUAUCAACUUACAAAACAUGUCAGAUCUAUCUUGAGAGCACGAUAAUCUUACUAAAAAUCUCCUAAAUAUCAUAGUAUCAAGUGUUUGAGUUUUUCUAUUUUCAGUUCUAACAUUUUUCAUUUUGGUUUGCUGACAUUGUUUAUGUUUGGAAAAUGUAGGCUUGCUUGGGUGGUUGAUUUGUGAGUAUUCUCUCUAUUCUUUUCUCCUUUUCUUUCAUGUUUAUAAGCCUCUUCCUAUAACUUUUUUAACAUCUUAUCUUUGGUGUUGCUCUCUUUUGGAAUUUCUGACAGAUGUUUUCACUCUAGUAUACAAACCAAUCGGAUGGAUUAUUGCAGCAAGGUCUUUCUGUGGGAUUUCAUUU